AUCCCUAAUUUGUUGUUUCUGAGUGAGUGCUAAAUGCUAAUGCUGUUUUCCAAUUGAUGAAGUAUGGAAUAUUUUGAAGGGAAAGUUGAGCAUUUUAGAAUAUAGAACAGCAAAUAGAAAUCAAUUUGUAUAUAGCCGCUCCUGUUUUUCAUCUCUUUCUUCUUCUUUCCUAUUUACAUCCGCUUUCUCUCUCAAAAAGGUUUCGCUUAUUCCUCUGUAUCUUUACAGAUAUACACAUUUUAUUUUUCUAUAUAAACGCACACUCUGUCAUACAUAUAAAGGCGUAAUUUGUUUGCGACAUCGUUUAUUCGGCAAUCACUCGCCUCAGAUCUCUCCGUUCACUGUGUUUCUGAAUGAGAUAAUUGUAAUUGAAACCUAGAUGCCUGCUACAAAGCUCUGCUCAAGUGGAACUCUCAAUGCAAUGAAAUCAGAAGUAGGGAAUGAUUCCCUAGAUACCUUCAUCAGACAAGCCGUAGGAAAGGAGCCUCUUCUCCCUCUCCCAAGGACUGUGGAUAGUUCAGUUCCAUGGAUUCAAUUGUUUCAGGCCUUAGAUCAACCAGAUCUCCCUGGUUGGCCCUUGAUGACCCCUGUGAAAGUUCAGAUGCAAAGGUGCAAGAAGUGUUCCCGGGAGUUCUGUUCUCCAAUAAACUACAGAAGACAUAUUCGGGUGCACCGCCGCUCCUUAAAUAUCAACAAGGAUUGGCACAAAAAUAGGGAUUUAUUAGCUGUAUUUUGGGAUAAGUUGUCAUUGGAGCAAGCUAAGGAAUUAGUGUCAUUUAAUGACAUAAUUCUUAAGGAUAUUCCUGGAUCAUCGGUAGUAAAAGCUCUGGCUUCCUCUCUCCGAAGACCGGGGGUUUGGACUCUUCCGCAGGCUUAUGUGAAGGCUGGUGCUACACUGCUGGAUAUCAUCCAAGUUAAGCCUUCCAGAUUACCAAUAUCCUCACAAGAACUGUUUAGCAUCCUCGAUGAUGCCAGCGAGAGUACAUUUCUGUGUGCCGGUACAGCUGAGUCUCUGCAGAAGUAUGUUUUUGAUGGAGAAACUGCUAAAAAUAUCCUUGAGUUGAAGAACCUAGUAGCUUUUACUAGCUUCCUCUUUGAGCAACAACUGGUCAAGGCAUGGGUCGCUGACAAAGAUGUAGAGGCUUUGAGAUGUCAUAAGCUACUUGUGGAGGAGGAGGAAGCUGAACAGAAAAGGCAAGUAGCGAUUCUGGAGAGGAAGAAACAGAAAAAGCUUCGUCAAAAGCAACAGAAGGUCAGGGAACAAUACUAUGGGUGCAGCAGAGAUUUGAAUGUCUAUGUUGAUGCUAUAGAUAGGCCUACUUCAGCCGAAGCAUCUGAUCUGUCAUCCCCAUCGGACCCAAACUCAAACUCAAAAGAGGUGCCUACAACCUCAGACUCUGUUCAACCCCAAAACAAAGAGUCAGAUGAAGAUAUAGGAGCACAGUUUGAUGCUAGAAGUGAACAUAAGAAACAUGGGGACUCUCCAGCUGUUGAGCUCCAGAUGGUCGUUGCAAAUGGUAUUCGGCAUGUAGCCACCAACUGCUUGCAAGCUCUAAAGUCACAAAGGGGAAGCCGGUAUGGUGCCAAUUCAAACUUGAAUCUUCGAACAUUGAAUCCUGAACUUAUACAGAAGUUUGGUCCAUCCAAAGACAGAAGUCUACAUAAUGGAAACAAAGUCUGGACCAAGAAACUCAAAACUAACAAUGAUGAUGGGGAGAACCCAAGGCCUCCUUCUUUGCAAGACGUGAGCAGUCACCAUAUAGAACAAAAUAACCGUGAGGUGAUUAUUGGUUCUAUAUCUGUCACACUGACAAGUUACUUUGAUCAGCAGCAAGCAAGUCACCCAAAUGAAAGACAAGAUACUUGUGGCACUGAGCAGGCUGUGCUUAAGAAGAAAACUGCUUCAGAAAAGCCUGCGAAAUCUAAUUCUCUUCAGUCCGGUACCAACCGAGUGGCUACAAGACUUUGGAGGCCUGUUAGCCGUGGUGAAUCAAAGAACGUGCCACCUGUUGGUAGAAGCAAUGGAGAUCCCGAAGAUAAUGCUACAUUGAGUAAGGUUCAUGAAGAUACUUCCUCCAGUGAAAGAUCCGGGCAGUCACAGUCCUUGGACAGUGAUGGUUGUCAUAAUGGGAAGCAAUCCCAUGUCGUCUCAGUUGAAAAUGCUCAACCAGGAUUGGUGCCAUUCUCCAUUGAAGCUGCAAAAGAGUUUUUUGCCAGGAGAUGGAAAGACGCUAUAUCUGGAGACCAUGUAAAAUUAGUGCUCUCGUCAGAGCACAAACCUCAUGGAUGCUCGGACAUUCAGCAUGCAUCAGAUCCUCCUAGAAGCAAUGCUCCUAACCAUGAUGAGAACCAGUUUGGCAGAACCCUUCAAGUUCAAGUUGCUAUAAAGCCAGAGAAGAGUGUGAAAUUCAAAUACAUACCAAAACAAAAGCUAUCGCAUAGGUAAAUUUGAUCAUCUGGAUUUUUUUGGUUUAGAACAUUGCUCUCUAUUUCCGAGCAGAGGUUCCAGUUUUACAGUGGUCUUCUGUCGGACAACUGAAGGAAAUUUUCUUGAGGAAUUCGAUUUUUUAUUUCGAGCAGUUGUGGGCUUGGGGAGUGGUAGAUUGUUUAGGCUUUGAGGCUGGAUCUUGAAUUUUGCUGCGUUUGUAAAGUAGGGGGUUUUUAGUUGUCCAAUAGGUAUUCUCUCUGUGAAUUACAAUUAUUUUGGGAAGUAUGUGGUGUUCGCGGACUUGUUGAAUGUAUGAAUGAUGGCCAAAUUUUAGCUGAAAAUUAUACUUACUAGUUUUUAGUUAUUAAGAA